CACAAUGGCAACUUUCGAAAGCUCAGAUCAAGAACAGGUCUAUUCUCAAGGUCAAUCGUUGAGUAGCGGGCAGAUGCCUACUGCUUUUACUUGUUUUCCAGACCUGCCUAUAGAGCUUCGUCUCAGAAUAUGGACCUGGGCUUGCUUUCACCCGCGAGACGUCCAUGUCGGUGUCAAAACAGUUCGAACGAUUACUCCAUGGACCAAUCCAUCACCGAUCGGCCUCGUCGAUUAUCGUUACUACUUCUCCAGAACCUCAUGUCCACUAAUCCUUCGCACGACUCGAGAGUCUCGUAGUGAAGCCCUGAAACGGUAUCAACUAGAUUUCGGCAUCCAUACCAGCAUUGAACGACUCACUUGCUCAAUCCCACCUCGAAUCUAUGUCAAUUGGGAAGCUGACAGGAUCUGCAUCGACGACGAUUUCGCGUUAUACGGCGCCGAAGCCUUGCGAGAUCUCCUCUUGGAUCGCAAAGUCCGUUCUCUCGCCCUCACUGUGCGGGACAAGAAGACGCCACUUCUCCUUCCUCCGCUAUUGCGUGCAGAGCAUCUCCAGGACAUCUUUCUCGUUUGGGACACUCGUCGCUUUUGUCCUGAUGGAGAUUAUCGCAGUGUGCGGAAUCGAGAAAGCUAUCGUGGCAAUGGCUGGGAGGCAAUUAGAACGCUAUUGAUAUCGAAAUGGCCUUCGAUGGAGCUUCCAUCUUCGGACUUUUUUUGGCACCAGGGCGAUACUUCCGGAGGGCUUCAGUAUACUGAGGAGGGAUCGAAUGUUACACUUAUGUUAAAUUGGCCCAAUGAUCGCAAGUUGCCAUUGCGUCAACUUAUGCCACGGCCGGAGUAAAUGCUGUGAUCAAUGGAAGAGGAUAUUGGGGAUGGUGCUUAGUGCUCACUGGCAGAACCUUCCAGAGUGACUCGAUAAUGUCCAUGUCAUUCUUUCCUUCUCUGGAACCUCAAUCUCGUAAGUUUUUUCAUCGUCUUCUGCAGAAGGUCUCGGCAAAGCUAGGCAUCCAAGACAGUCCUGCUUAUAUACCUGACAAGUUUCCGCAGAGCAUCUUCAGCACCAUCUUCAGCACCUUCAACACAACAUCAUAAUGGCCACUUCAUCUAUCAGCAAUCUAGUAACACUUGGAGGCACUAAGCAAUCUGUCGAUACU